UCAACUUCACGUGACUUGCAGAUCUGCUUUACAGACACUAGUGAAGUGGGCACUUGUGCCUGCGGUAUUUACUUCUCUAUCUACUUUACGCGAGGAUUUAUUUUAAAUCGAGCCGUUGGCAGGAUUCGGUCGUGGACGCCGCAUAACGGUAGAAGUUGUUUGUAAAUCCGUCAAACUACCCCACCCAAAGUACACCUGGACUUAAACUACCCCACUGGGCUACACCUGGAGAAACUGUGCACCAGACAAACGAACACGAGGAUCUUCCACGCUCUUGACUCGUGAUCCUUAGCCCAGAUGUGAGCGUGGGGCCGUUGCCAUGGCUGAGUGUGGUGCCGUUGCCAUGGCGAUGCCGCGCCUCCUCCUGCUCACCGCCCACAGGGAGCUGCUGGUCGGCCGCCUGCGCAGCGUCCAGUGCAUCCUGGACAACCUGCGCGCCUCCGGAUACUUCUGCGAGGAGGAUGAGGAGAUCGUCCAGCGAACGGCCACCAAAGCAGACCAGGUGCGCAAAAUUUUGGAGUUGGUCCAGUGCAAAGGGGAGGAAGCCUGUGAAUACUUAAUUUUCAUCAUAUAUAAAGUGUGUGAUGCAUAUAUAGAUCUCCAGCCAUGGCUGAAAGAAAUCAACUACAGCCCGGGCGAUGAAAUGAGAGAUGUGACAGUGGUGAACACAGACCCCAUCAGCAGAUACUGCCAGAAGCAACGGCAUGAAAUGAGCAGAGACACCAGCUUCAUCAUGUCCUACGGACAGCGAGACGAGACCCGUCUGGAAGACCUCUACACCGACACGGUCAUGGAGCUCUUCAACGACAGCAAUGAAUGUCUGGGCCUCUUGGAGAGUGUAGAGCAGCUCCUAGGAGACAAUGCUUUGUUCAACCCUCAAGGAGAAAUCAUUUACGUGAUGGGGGAUGCCGGUGUAGGAAAAUCCAUCCUCUUGCAGAAGCUCCAGAAUCUCUGGUCCAAGAAGGAGCUGCAGACGGACGCCAUCUUCUUCUUCAAGUUUCGCUGCAGGAUGUUCAGCAUUUUCAAGGAGGCGGAGCAGAUCUCCCUCAGAGACCUUUUAUUCAAAUACAACUGCCAUCCGGAUCACGAUCCGGAUAACGAAGUCUUUGACUACAUCCUGCGCUUCCCUGAGAAGGUAAUCUUCACCUUUGACGGCUAUGACGAGAUCCAGGAGGACGUGGACCUCGUAGAUGUUCCAGAAGUGGUCUCCCCGGAGGACAAGGCCAGCCCCCUUCAGCUGCUCAUCAGCUUACUCUGCGGGAAACUACUCAAAGGCUCCAAGAAAGUGCUGACGGCCCGAACAGGGAUUGAAAUCCAACACAGGGUGAUCAGGAAGAAGGUGGCUCUGCGCGGGUUCUCCCCGGAUCAGAUGAAGACGUACAUUGACCUGCACUUCAAGGAGCAGGAGCACAGAGAGCUGGUGUCGGUCCAGCUGGACGCCAGCCCGCACCUCUGCGGCCUCUGCUCCACCCCGCUCUUCUGCUGGAUCGUCUUCAAGAGCUUCAAGCACCUUCACACCAUGCACGAUAGUUUCAAUCUGCCCGAAACCUCCAUCACGCUAACGGACAUCUUCCUCCUGCUGUCCGAAGUGUUCCUCAGCCGUUCGGCAACGCGCGGUCCAUCGUUGCUGAAGAAGAGCGUUCGCUCGGCUGCCGACACAUUCAAAGCAGGGCUCAGAUCUCUCGCUGCAUUUGCAAAGCUGGCACUCGGGGGUCUGGAGAGAGGGAACUUCUUCUUCAGCCAAGAAGAGGUGGAUGAGUGUGGUCUGACAGAGGACGACUUGGCCCUGGGAUUCCUUCGACCUCUCAGUGACCACGACGCCGGAGGAAGCCCUGCUACCUUUGAGUUCCUCCACAUCACCCUCCAGUCUUUCUUGGCUGCGUUUGCUCUUGUGCUGGAUGAGCGGGCCAAUGCCAGCGCCAUCCUCAAGUUCUUCACGGAGUGCAGCAGGCGGAGAGACCCGUCGUGUUUAGUUUUUUGUACAAAGCGCUCUGAAAAGCCUGGUGAAAAGAAGCCAUUUGCAACUAAUGAACACCUUCAGUUCACCAACAUGUUCUUGUGUGGACUGCUGGCAAAGACUCAGAUGGGUCUGAUGGGACAUCUGCUCUCCCCUUCCAUAUUAAAGAAGAAACAGGUUUUGUUGAAGUCGUACCUGUCCACUAGUGUCAAGUUCCACCUGCAGGGCUUACCCCACUACAACGGCGAGGACGGCAAAAAGAUUCACGUGUUGCCCAACUUCCUCUGGAUGAUCAGGUGCAUCUUUGAGACAGGGAGCAAGGACAUCGCUAAGAUGACGGCAAAAGGCAUCUCAGUGCACUUCAUCAAGCUGGGCUACUGUAACGUGUACUCGGGGGACUGCACCGCUCUGAACUUUGUCCUGCAGCAUCGUCAGAAACUCCUGCGUCUGGACAUGGACAACAACAACAUUAGUGACUACGGGGUCAAGCAGCUUCAGCCGUCCUUUUGCAAGAUGACGGUUGUGAGAUUGUGUGUCAACAACCUGUCAGACAGCAGCAUCGAGGUUCUGGCAGAAGAGCUGUGUAAACACAAAAUUGUGGAGAUCUUAGGGCUUUACAACAAUCGCAUCACAGAUGCAGGAGCCAAGCUUGUUGCCCGCAUCAUUGAGGAAUGCCCCAAGCUGGCAAUCGUCAAGAUUGGUAAGAACAAGAUCACGAGUGUGGGUGGGAGGUAUUUGGCCAGAGCCAUUCAGAAGAGCACCUCCAUAUUUGAUGUGGGGAUGUGGGGAAACAGCAUCGGGGAUGAGGGAGCCCAAGCCUUUGCUGAAGCUUUGAGGAACCACCCAAGUCUUACCAACCUCAGUCUGUCAGCCAAUGGCAUUUCAUCAAAAGGAGGGAUUUUUCUGGCAAAAGCUCUGACAGAGAACCGAGUCCUAAGGAUAUUCUGGUUGGUGCAGAACGAGCUGGCCGACGACGCGGCUCCACACUUGGCCGGGUUGAUUCAAGCCAACACAGGUCUCCGGCACCUCUGGUUGAUCAGUAACCGGUUAACUGUGGACGGGAUCCAAAUCCUUGCAGACGGUCUAACCAACAACGCAGAGCUCAAAGAGAUAUGCGUGAAAGGAAACCAGGUCUCUGAAGAGGAAGAGAAGCGCUUUUUGACGGAGAAACGUCUGCGCUUCCACUGAAAGAGACGGGAUCCUGCUGCCCUGAACACACACACACACACACACACACACACACACACACACACACACACACACACACACACACACACACACACACACACACACACACACACACACACACACACACACACACACACACACACACACACACACACACACACACACACACACACACCCAUUUAUUAUUUUGAAGGGAAAUAAACAGUAUUAUUGUUUAUUGUAUAAGGUUUAUUGCCAAGAAGCAUUGUCACAACAAAAAAAUGAUCUACCAAGCACACAUGUCCUUACUUUUGUAAAUCACUUCUGGUACUUGACGCAAACCAAAGAACUUCACUGUUCUUGGAAGCAACUGUUCAAAAUCAUCCUUUGUUUCUAUGUGGAAAUGAGUUAGAAAGAGAUAUUCUUCUGCAAAUCCUGCAUUCCCUUUAUUUAACGCUGAUGAACAAUGACAUUUCUUCUGUUCGACAUAAGACCGACUUUUAAUAUGUUUUAAACACAUUAUAGCUACAGCUUGUGGCCGUCUGAGGCCCGUCAGAACAUUGAGGCCCAACUCGACACAUCUACUUGUUUUAUUUCAUUCUAUUUUAUAAGAUAUGUCAUUCUUGUUUAGUUCAUUGUUUUAUUUCUAUUUUGUCUUAAUUAUGGUAUGGUUUUAUUAACAGACGCUAUUGUCACAUGGAUAUCUCAUGACUUGAAGAGGAUUUAUGCCCUAAACCAUCCAAAAUAAUUAAACAAAUAAUUGUUA